UCGCCGCGAUAGGCGUGGCGGAAUCGACUGACCGCGGAAACGCAGGAGGGGGACGGUUUUCCCGUCACGGACACGCGGUUCCUCGCGACGUCACUUUGCGGCGCGGCGUCGGGUUAAUCGCUCGUAUCGCCGCCAAAUCGAAACCGACGCUCGAGAUCGUUCAUCACACGGGAACGCGACGCGUCGCCACGGAAUAUACGUAUCGGUUUUAGGGGGAAAGAAAAAAGAAGAAGAGACAGACGAGGAAGAGGAAGUUGGGAGAAUCGGUUCGGGUGAAAGCUGUGCCAGUCGUUCACAAGGGUGGCCCCCGAUCGGUCGUGGACGAUCGAUGGGUCGAUCCAGAUCACUGUGCACGCCGAUCGGUCGCCAGCGAUCGGAUACCAGCGACUAUCGACGUUAGAACAACGAAUCGUAAGCAGGGAGAUUAGUUAAAGUGACACGGUAGCAGGGCGAGCAGAUACAGACUCCGAGUGGUGCAAUUAGGUGGCAGGAGGAAGGUAAGAUUCGGUAACGAUCGACGCUAGCGAGACAAAUCUCGCAGAGAUUCUAUAAGCAGGUGGAAUUGUUAAAGUGAUACGCUGGGCUUAGCUACCGUUCUACACAGGGGGAGAAGAUACUACAAGUGGUGUGAAUAAUUGGAAAGUAGCGAAGAUAUCUCGAGGCACUCGCUAACGAUCGGCUGGUAUCCCCCGCUGACGUGAUACAUCGCAUCGAGAAUCCAAAAGCAGCGGAACAGCAGGAUUGUGCGCUGAUAGUGUGAUAAACUACCUAUCGAGUACCUAUCCGUAGAUAAUAGAAUCUUAACCCCAAACUCCGAGCGACGCAAUUAGAAAGGGAGAAGAUAGCUCGAAGCAUGCGCUAACGACCUACCGUUAUCCGUCGACGCUACAGAAUCUGAUCAACACAGAGACUCCAGGAUUUAUUCCAGCACUGUUACGUGGACUGAACUAGUCCUAGUUUUCGACUAACCAGUGUCCACCUAGUCCAUCCACCUACCAUCGUAAUCUCGACGCGGAGCAAGUAGAAGAUCCAAACUCCAAGUGGCGCUAUUAGUCGUAAUCCAGGAAGAUAGCAUGCGCUAACGACCGGCUCGACGCGUCACCCGCGUUCACCAGGCAUGCAUUACGACGCGCAAGGUGUCCUGGAGACUUCCUACCUGCGGCAGCGACAACAGGACCACCACCAGCAAGCCCAGCACACCGUGUACGUGCAAAGCGUGCGCCAAAGUCGGAGUUGCUCGCCCAGGUCGGAGGAAACGCGAUCGCCGGUCGUCGAGGCGAGAACCGAGACCCUCGGCACCCCUGAAGAGGCGAACGGCUCGCCGUUGGAGCUCGAAGACGGAUCUCGAAUGUCGAGGUACCGCGAGGAACACGAAGCGAAGCGGUCCUCCUUCUCCAAGCAGGAGCACGAGACGUCCAGUUUCUUCAGGGACACGGAGAACCCGAGUGUCAAGUGCUUUACCGAGGAAAUGGUGUCCGCGGUGGCGAGUCACUACAGAGGAUCGGACGGGUCGCCUGGCAGAACGUCGCCGCAGGGAUACCAUUCGACGGACAGACGGAACACGUCGCUGGGGAAGACGUCGUUCUGUAUCGACGCUCUUCUGGGUAGAGCGACGGGGAAGCAGGAGAACCUGGAUCACGACCGAUCGGAGAGGAAUCCGAGAUUUCUGUUCGCUUCGAGGAACCCCGUGGAUGGCAAUUGCGUAGGAAAUAGUCAAGGUCACGAGCGAGAAUCGCCUUGCACCUUGGGAGCCGCGAGUGGAGGCAGAGCUGGUGCCUCAACCGCGACAGGUGUUGAUGACCAGAGAACAUCGUCUUUAGGGAGUCUGUUGAAUCCCUUCGAUAGACCAGUUCAGCACGGCCCGGAUUCGCCCAGCUUAGAGCUGGUUCGCGAUGGAAUAGAGAGACAGGACCAAUCAAUGAGGGACAUCCACUUGUCCGACGUUCGCGUGGAGUCGGUGGACGCGACGACCGUGGCGAUUCAAAGAGGAAAAGCGAUCUUCAGAGGGGAAAAUACCGGAAUAGGAUCGGUGACAGGCCCCAAUGGAGGAUUUCGCGUGGAUCGGCUCGAAAACGUCGAAGACGACGCUUCCAUCGAGGUUGACCCCACGAGAACGGGAAGCGCAAGCUCUGGUAGCAACGCCAGUCGCAGCCCCGUUUCCAGUCCGCCGAUUUCGCCUGGAUCGGAGGAACCUACAGGAAACGGUGUCCCUGGCAAUCCAAAUUUACCAACUGGCCAUUACGGUGCGCUCGGCGGGGCCGCAGUUACCCGACAGAAUCAGGCUCUCUUGUUACACCCCAGUGGGCCACUCAUUCAUCCUGGUGGAUUGUACUAUCAUCCAGCGGGCGGCAGCGCGUUUCACUCCAUACACAAGGAAGGUCAGCCCGUCGGGCACUCGCAGGCUGCCGGAUCUCAUCCUCAGCAGCAUCAUAUUCAUCCACUUCAACUCGAGUGGUUGGCUAGGACUGGCAUGCUGUAUCCCAGAUUACCCGCAGAUUUAGCUGGUUGCGCUGCCCAGCAUGCCCUCCUCGGGAAAACUAGAAGACCGAGAACAGCCUUCACCUCGCAACAGCUUCUCGAGUUGGAGAAACAGUUUAGACAGAACAAGUACCUUAGCAGACCAAAGAGGUUCGAGGUGGCCACCUCCCUGAUGCUCACGGAGACACAGGUGAAAAUCUGGUUUCAAAACCGACGGAUGAAGUGGAAGAGAAGUAAGAAAGCGCAACAAGAGGCACGUGCAAGUAGCAAAGGAGACGAUACCGGAAACGGAAGAAGUACGGAGAGGGAAACCGGUGGCGAUACGAGCACGAACUCGCCUAAUCCGCAAGAGGACUCCAAGGGAGCGUUGCAGGAAACCCAGAGAACCACCAACGAGCUUCAGGAACCCCUUUAUCGGCCAUACGUCGUGUAAAAGUCUGACCAAAGUAACUGUGCUAAUUGAGAACGAACGAUUCUAACGUAAACUAUCACUGCGCGUCUAACACCUGUCCGUCGACUUGCCGCGUUUGAUAUUUCGGUGGUACACUUAUUGUUAUACAUACGUGAUCCUUAGCCCCGUAUAAAGGAUAAACGAAUAUGAAAUAUAAAAUAUACGAAUACGUAAAAUGAAAAGGGAGUCAACGUGUCGGGAUGAUCGAUUAGACUGAAGUUAUACGGUAGGAGCUUCGUUAUGUGAACUAAUUCGAGGGAGAUAAAAGUGUUGCGUAAACAAAUUUUCAGAGAAUAAAAGAUUGCAAGCUAUUAGGUUCAUUUUACGUGAUAUCGAGGGCAACGUUAUACAGAGUAUCUCAGAAUUAGUGUAAGAAGCGGAAAUAGGGAGUAGAUGGGACGAUUCUGAAGCACAAUUUCCUUUGCGAAAAUGUCGGUUGAUGCUUCGUUUCUGAAUUAUUAACGAAAAACCAGCGACCAAACACAGCGCCCGAGUAGCGCGCUGUUACCAGCCAAUCCUGGCUCGAGUCUAUGCUCUCGCGGCUGAGCACGCACUACUCGGCCGCUGUGAUUGGUCGGUGCUUAUUUCAUUAAUAAUUCAAAAACGAAGCACCAUCCGACAAUCUUGCAAAGGAAAUUGUGCUUCAGAAUCGUCUCAGCUACCUCCCAUUUCCGGUUCUUACACUAUUUUAUAUUAAUAUACUACUCUAAUCUAGGCAGAUGUUUAAAAAAAGUGACUGUGCCAAUAGUUUCUUUACCCACUGUAUACCUCAAUUAUUUUAUUUUAACGGCAUAAACGAAAUAAAAAUUCUAAAAUUACUAACUGUACGUACAGUAUUAGAAUUGGAAGCAUGCAGUUCAUACGACAAAACGUUCACGUAACGGGUGUCCACAUAACGAAGGUUCCACUGUACAUACAUGUAUGUACAUACUAACUACGUAUACCCAGUGUAACGUUGCGAACACUUGUAUGUAAAUAUUGGGAACAAAAGAGAGUAAUCGACGUUGGCAUCGUCGACGUAUCCUGAGAAAUGAAUCAUUGGAUCCUGGUCCGGUGCUUCCCCGAAAAGUCGUUCUGAUAAUGUUUACCGCUGAAGAGUGCGAGUGUAAAUUUCUAUUCCAUCUUGUAACGAUAAGGCGAAAGUAAGAAGGUGAAACGUAUAAACGUGUGUGCAUGUGUGUCGCGUAUGUGUAUGUGCGUGUGAGUGUGAGAUAGGUUGCAAAAAGAUGUAUAAAAGCGAAAGAAAUACGAGAAACGCAAGCGUCAAAGAUGCCGUCUUGACGAUUUGUAACAUUACUCAAAACGUUACUCUAGAUCUACUUAAACCGGAGACACGUACCUAUUUAUGAUAAACGAUGUAACUGUAAAUAUUAUUCGUGUACGUUUAACAAGGUAGAGAGAUGCGAUGC